AGCCAAUGCCAAGGCGGCAAGGUUUCGCAGCCUGCCUUCUGUGCAGGGCCCGAGUGGAGGCCCAGAAGGCCUCAGGCUGAGCCAAUGAAGACGCUACUGACCAUCCUAGCUGUCGGAUCCCUGGCUGCCCACAUUGCGGAGGACUCCUCUGGGCUUCUUCAGCACCCCAAAUUCCAGUCCAGCAACUUUGAAAACAUCCUGUCGUGGGACAGCGGGCUGGAGAGCAUCCCAGGCACAGUCUACAGCGUGGACUAUAAGAAGUAUGGAGAGACACAAUGGCUAGCCAAGGAGGGCUGCCAGGAGAUCACCCGGAAAUCCUGCAACCUGACCAUGGAGACAGGUGACCUCAACGAGUUCUACUAUGCCCGGGUCACAGCCAUCAGUGCAGAAGGCCUGCCGUCCACCAAGGUGACCGAACGAUUCAACCCACUGCGACACACUACCAUCAAACCACCGGAUGUGACUUGUAUCCCCAAAAUGAGGUCCAUUCAGAUGAUUGUCCAUCCUAGCCUCACCCCAGUGCACACUGGAGAUGGCCACCAGCUGACCCUGGAGGAGAUCUUCCAUGACCUCUUCUACAGCUUGGAGCUCCAAAUUAACGACACCUACCAAAUGCAUCUUGGAGGCAAGCAGCGACAAUAUGAGUUCUCUGGCCUGACCCCUGAUUCGGAAUUUUCUGGGAGCAUUGUGAUUUUGGUUCCAACCUGGUCCAAGGAGAGCGCCCCCUAUGUGUGCCGAGUGAAGACACUGCCAGAUCGGACGUGGACCUACACCUUCUCGGGCGCCAUACUCUUCUUCUCGGGCUUCUUUCUCAGCGUGCUUUGCUAUCUGAGCUACAAAUAUAUCACAAAGCCACCUGUGCCCCCUAACUCUCUGAAUGUCCAGCGAGUGCUGACCUUCCAGCCGCUGCGCCUCAUCCAGGAGCACGUGCUGAUCCCCGCCUUGGACCUCCGCAGCCCCGGCAGCCUGACCCAGCCGGUGCAGUACACCCAGGUCAUAGCCUCUGCGCCCAGGGAGCCCCCAGGGGCCGCUCCACUGCACAGCCUGCCCGAGAUGGCCUACUUAGGACACUCGGACAUCUCCAUCCUCGGGGUUGCUGGUGUGCCCCCUCCCCAGACGCUCUCCCUGCCACCGUCCUACACCCCGAAGGCAGCCCCUGAGGUCAGGCCCCCCUCCUACACUCCGCAGGUGGCCCCCAACACCAAAGCCCUACCCUACACCCUGCAGGCUGUCUCCAAGGCCCAACCUCCCUCAUACGCCCCACAGGCCACGGGUGACAGUGGGCCUGUUUCCUACGGGGUGUGCCUGGAAGGCUGCAGCACAGACUCCCCUCUGGAGAUACCCUCCAGUCCCAAGCUUCUCAGGCAGAAAGGUCAGCUCCAAAAAGAGGCACCAGUGGAAAGCGUCAGCCUGGGUGACGUCUCUCUGCAAGAAAUGACAUCUGUGACUUUGGAGAAACCCCAAGAAGCAAAACUGUUCCUCUCACCCCUGGGGGUCUGUACAGACAGAGAACUGGACCUGCUACCCAGCGGGGAGCCACAGACCCCUCUGUACCUACCAGGCUCACUCUCCCUCCUCUCCUCUGUGCGGAUCGAAGGCCACCCCUUGUCGCUCGCUUUGCACCUUCCUUCCCCCUCCUGUUCCCCCUCCGACCAGGGGCCACGUCCCUGGGGCCUGCUGGACUCCCUUGUGUGUCCCAAGGAUGAGGUUCCAGCAUCUGAGGCUGGGGGCCUGAGCUCAGGCCCUGGGGCCUUGGACCUGGAGCAGCCCUCAGAGCUGGACUGUCUUUUCCAAGACCUGGCCCUCACCGUGCAGUGGGAGUCCUGAGAGGAACAGGACUGGCCUGAGCUUUUUUCAGUCCCCACUGGUAUCUUCUAGGCUGUCAACCUCAUCCCCAGCUAUGCCCCACUCCGCAGCCCAACCCAUGUGGGAGACCUGGGGAAGAGCCAGAGAAAGGGGGAUUCGAGGCCUGCCGUGGGCAAGCUCCCUGUAGGAGCUCAAAGGCGUGAUGAGGGCUCCAGCUGGAGGAGCUCAGGGCAGAUGGUGAGCUCUCAGGAGGUGGCGGGCAAGGCCGUCAGGGUGCAGGGAGGUAAUGCAGGCAAGCUCUGGAGACCUAGGGCCCAGCUCUGAGGAUGCUGGCCAGGAGCCUGACCCCAUUCCUGUCCCAUUUUGUAAUCUAGCUCAGCACAGUGAGGUGUCUGUCUGAGAUGGGAGAAGGAGUCUGCAGUGGGAGGCUGGGCAGAACCGGAACAACCUGCCCUGCUGCCAAGGCCAGAGGCCAACUGCUGGGAGGGGUAUGGCUGGGGCUUGGUCCACACCAGGGCCUGUGACUGAAGUAUGACAUUCCUGCUUCACUAUCCAGAGAAUGCAGUCCGGAGAGUCAGUCACACAAGCCUUUCCUUCAAACAGUAAUUUCCAACUUUAUCCUGAGAACUAGAUUGGAAAGGGAUGUCGUGCCUGGUAUGGUGGUACGUGCCUGCAGUCCCACACUGUGGAAGGCUGAGGCAGGAGUAUCAAAACUUUGAGCUCAGUUUGGGCAACUUAACAACUUAGUAAGAUUUUGACUUAAAAUGUCAAAAAAUUUUGCUGGGCGUGGUGGCUCACGCCUGUAAUCCCAGCACUCGGGAGGCUGAGGCAGGAGGAUUCUUGCAAGUUCGAGAGCAGCCUGGGUUACAAAGUGAGCUCAAGGCCAGCCUGAAUGGCAUACAGACCCUGCCUCAAAAAGACAAAAAAAAAAUUUUUUUUAAAGGAGCUGGGAACUUAGCUCAGUAUAAAAGUUCUGGGUUCAAUCCUCACUACUAAAGGACAGAAAGACAGAGAAACACAAGGCUACACAACCCCUGAAGGGGACCCAGACACAAACUAUUUGUAUCACACAGCUUUGGAAAUCAGCCCUGUGUGCAGUCCGUUUGGGUUUAAAUUCCAGCCUCAAUUCUUACCCACCCAGUGAAUCAGAGCUCAGAAUCUCAGUUUCUUCAUUUGCAAAAUGGGUACAAUAACAUCUAUUGUGAAUGUGAAAUUAAUAUUUAUGAAGUGCUUAACAACACCUGGCACAUGGGUGGUGCCCUAAAAAUGUGGCUGUUCUUGUUGUGAUUUUUUUAUUGAUCUGGCAAUGCAAAGAGUGACCCCAUCCGUGUGAGCUGGCUUCUGACCCCCUGGGCACUUUCUCCAGGACUCAGAGGAGCCGGGCUGCCCCAGGAUUGCUCUGGCCAAGCCAAGGACUGGAUGGCUCAGGAGGGGCAAAGGGGGAGGCUGCAGAGUUCUCUGGAAACAGGGUACAGACACUGACGAUGCAGAGCCCUGUGCCUGCACUAGAAGUGGAAGCUGUUCUGACUGCAGCCACCUCUAUGGGCUUCUGUCCUUCUUGACUUCUGCCACCCCUACCCCAGGCCAGCCUGAGUCCACUCCUGGAAGGAGAGGCACCCUCUUCCGUGCUUUCUGAAAGCCAUCACAUCUUCCUCUCUUCGCAUCUCAGUGACCCUGAGUGGAGAAAAGUGAGGCUCUGAGAGGUGACGGUCACCCCCAUGGUGCCACUCUGCAGGCCAUGGUGGAGUUGGUGCCCAGAUCUUGGUCCUUAUCAAGAGAACUUUUCCACACCUGGUGGAACUCUUAGAGUAUGUGACUGCUGAGGCCUAAGAAGGGAGGAGCACCCUCAUAGGUCGCUGAAAGAUAAGGGAUCCCUGAUCACCUUAUUGCCCCAAGUUUCUGAGAAACAAGAUCGAACUCCAGCUGCCUAAGAGCAGCCCUUCCGGGAGGACACAAUGUCCUUUUUCUGUAGUUGGCUGUGCUUGCUUGGUCUUCCCUUCCUGGGGCAUGGUGACAAGUGAUGGGGUUCUUAUCUGUGUGCAAUUAAUAUUUAACAUCUCUUCAGAGUCACUGACCCGAUAUCUGCGCAGCAGAGGCAGGGAAGGCACCCACCUGUGCAGCCUGGCAUGCACACUGCAAACAAGUCUACUUCCUGUCCCUUGGCCAAAGGUUACCUGUCUUCACCUUAUUUAUUAGUGAAAACAACAGAAUGGCUGGACUGUUCUUACCAGGCCAGUGGGUCCAGGGAGACACAGAGGUUUCUUAGUAAGAGUCGUGAACAUCUCUUCCAACUCACAGGACCACAUGGGGUACAAACAUUCCAAAAAUAAUCCUCAGAGGGGGGAGUCCGAGGAUCUGGUGAAGAGUCAGGGACCUCCGAGGUGCAAGGACCAGGCUGCAGGGCCAUGGGAGUCUUGGUUUCCCAGUCAGCCCAGGCCUGUGGAUGAACUGGAGCCAGUUAGAGGGCAGGUGUCCAAGUCCCGGAGGACCAUGCCAAUCCUGAAAGUUCCAAGCUCUGGCCUCAUACCAGGAAGCUUCAGGGCCCUGCCCUGCCCAUCCCAGACAGGUGAGUCUCCAACGUAUCACCGCCUCCGAGACAUGACACCCAGGCGUAAGUGAACAGAAAUACACGGCCCCAUUUUAUCCUCAGAGGAAACGUUCUAAGAUCCCCAGUGUGGCCAAAGCCCUGGAUAGUAUGGAAUACUGUAUACACUGUGUUUUUUUCUGCCUAUACGGACCCACAGUAAAAUUAACUUAUAAAUUAUGUACAAGAAGAGAUUAAAAUAAUAAAAUAGAACAAUGACUGGAUUGGGUAAAAUAAGGGUUACCUGCCCCCACGAUACCACAGAUGCCAAAUGCAGAUGGUUACUGGCUAAUGGGAGGGCAUCACGUACAGUGUGGCUGCCUUGGGCAAAGGGAGGAAUCACGGCUGGAGCUGGGUGGAGCAGGACAGAGCGAGGUUUCACUGAGCUACUCUGAAUGGUCUUCAACCUUGAACUUAUGAACUGGGACUAUGUGGGGGAUUUCCCAUUUAACAUUUUCAGACUAUGGUUGAGUCCAUGUAACCACAGCAAGCAAAACCACAGGUAGGGAGUUUAUGGUUCACAUCUUAGGAGUCCCCCAAAGGCUCACGUGUUGAAGACUUAGUUUUGAGCUGAUGGUGCUCUUGGGAGGUGGUGGGACCUUCAGGACAUGGAGCUUAGUGGAAGGCGUGAAGUCACUGGGGGCAAACUCUCAAAAGGAUGUUAGGGUUCUGGUCACUUCCUGUCUUUUUCCUUUCUGGCCACCAAUGAGGUGAGUGGAUUUUCUCAGCUGUGUCCUCCCCAUCAUGAUAUUCUGCUUCUCCGAGAUCCAGAAAGCAACAGAGCCAGCUGAUCAUGGACUGAAACCAAGAGCCACAAUAAACCUUCCCUCCUUAUAAA